AUGGGCCGCUUCUGCUUGGCUGAUGUCACCAUUGUUGUGGAUGCUCGCAUUUCGGCAUCGGCGGCCUCGAUGAUUGCAGAGGAGAGUGCAGAUAUCUUGUUCACAGCGGUGCAUGACCAGGUCAUCCGUGACUUCCACCCAAUUGUCACGGACGUCCUCGUGCAUGUUGAUCCAGACGGCAGCCCGCAGUCGCACCGAUUGGAGACACACUCAGAGGUGGGCAACAUGGCCGACCAGACGAUGAUGAAUCCUGAGGAGCUCGAGGCGCAAAUCCGGGAAGCCCUUCUGCAGGAGGACGCUGACAAAGACCUUCCGCGCAUAUUGGAGGUGAAAGAACUCCAGACCUACUUCUACAUGGAAGAGGCCGUAGCGAUCUCGCAGAACAAGGGCCAACACCGAGGUGAGGAUGUGGUCGUGACACCCGGAAGCAACGGCAUCCUGAGGAUUGCCUUGCUUAUGGACGGCCACGGGGGCCAAGACAUCGUCCGGCAUGCCGCCUCCCUGCAAGAGGGCCUCCUCAAGCACUGCACAGACUUGCAGGUGUGGCCUGGCUGUGCUGAAGACGCGGUUGCAGCCUUCCAGGACCAGGCGCGGCAGCAGAACUGGCGCAGCGGCUCCACACUCGUGGCAGUAGUGUCAGAGGUGAAAACCUCUCGCGUCGCUUUUGCCUGGGCCGGAGAUUCCAUGGGAGUCUUGAUUCGUGGUGGGCACAUUGUGUACAGGACAACGAUGCACACCCUGGAGAAUGAUGAGGAAAUUCACCGUCUGCAGACACACCGCCCAGCAUACAGCUAUCGCCUCCGUGACGGCUAUUUGUGCAGCUCCACCCCCUAUGCUGGGUGUGUGAUGCCGACCAGGGGCUUGGGCGAUGUAGAGUUGGAAGGUGCUGGAUUUCUGGCAGUGCCGGAGACGUCAGACUUCAUGGACGUGACUGCAGAUGACAUUGUUCUUGUUGCUUCGGAUGGCGUGUGGGACGUCGUAGACACAGAGGAAGCCGUGGAGAUUCUGGCAGACGCGCAGCAUCCAAGCCGCGAAGACCAGGCAGCGACACUCGUCGCGACCGCGCUCAAAGGCUGGCGGACAAGGUACGGUCCCAAUGAAGCAGACGAUGUCAGCGUGCUGCUGUAUCAACCUGUGCAUGCCUCAGUGUUUGGAGUUGCUGAGAUGAACUUAAAGAAGACAUACUUGUAUCUGCCGCUGCUUGUCAUUGUCUUUACGAUACGGUACCAGCAGGAGACCAGCGCUGGUGGGGAUGGCAAGUUGACCUCCUAUGUCGAUGUUAAGGUAGACUUCCGCCUGCAGGGGGAGGACACCACAAUUCGCAGGGCGACGGCGGCAGGGCGUGCGGCUCGCGAACGUGUGCGCAGGGGCGGUGGAAAAAUUGUGAAGGGCGAGGAGUCGCCCAAAGCCUCGCCGAAGGCCGCACCCACCGUUCCGGAUAAGUCUUCGCCCAAGCAGUCGCCCAAGGCGGCUCCGGCAGCAGAGCCGACUCCCGCGAAGAAGAGCAAGGACAAGAAAGCAGCAAACGCUGAAGCCAAGUCCAAGGCUGGCCCGGAGCACAAUCCGCCAAAGCCAGGUCGCGCGGCCCCACGGCCGCCACCAACGCCAGAAGAGCGAGAAAAGGCCACGAAAAAGGCCAUUUCUCUUAUCAAGGCGGCCCUCGCGAAGAACCCCGAGGAGCAGCAGCGAGGUGCGCCUUACAUCAUAGACAACUGGCACCAAGACUGGAAGCCGAUCCUGGGGCCAUACCGGAAGUUUGUGGAAAGCUGCGGCUGCUUCCGCGUCGAGCAGGGUGCGAACUCAGCCAACUACACCAUCCAUGUGGUAGACGGUGCAGAUGAUGGCCCUCGGCCGUUCUGGAUCGUAAACCUCAACAAGGCAUGGCAAGCCUACAGCCUACUCAAGAAGGAGCAGGCCAGCGUCGAGGAGUUCCUGGCUGAAGCGAAGGCCGCAGCCAAGGAGCCAGUUCCGGGAGCUACUCCCGGAGCCCCCACAGGAAAGAAACGAAAGGACGAGGAGUCCUCUGCAAAGACAAAGUCGGCCAAGAAGGCAAAGACCAAAGCCAAGGAGGAGUAG